CGCGCGGCCAUGAAGCGACGGUCGUUUCAACAACAAGAGAGAUAAUAAGGGAGAGAGAGUAGAGUGUUUGUGUGACGACAGGCAACAAUAAAGUCAAGAAUCUAGAACGAUCUAGAAAAGUUUCAAUCGCAAACUGACUUGGGUCGAGGUGAAGUUUCGGAGCACCUCGAUGGAUUCUGCAACACCAUCAUUGAUUGGAGUAACACAGUGAAAUAAAACAAGAAGUAGCAUCUUAUCGGUCAAUGUUUCUCGUGUUAAACCUAGUAAGUGAGAAUUUGGCAGAGAUCUUCGUCACCUCGCCUGGAAUUAGGGCAAAUAUUUCGCGCGGCGAAAAGAAACGGGAAGUGCCGAGGAGGUUUCGAUAUACGUCGCGGGAAGUGAACGUGAAAAUUGAGUGAUAGGGGGAAAUAGGGCGGUGGUAUAUUGGCGAGAAAAAGGGAAAGCGGAAGAGGAGUCUCGUUUGCCGCCGGUCGAGUGCGAAAAUUCGUGAUCGUGAGUGAAUGGAUCUCACCGACGAGACUCGCGGUUGCCGAUAUCCCAAGCUAGAAAAUUCAACCUGGUAGCUCGCCCCGAUUAGAUUUUCCACGUCUCGCCGUAGUAAAAGAGAGAAGUUGUCCUUCCGGUCCGCUCCAGACAAUCCGGCGAAUUUCGCCAAUUCCGUCGCGGACGUGAGAAAUCGACUCGGUUGUGAGUAAACUCGUUCGAGAUCAUCCACCUCCGGACGGAUCUUUCAAAUCCUCUCGGAGCAAGUAGAAAGGUACAGCAACAAGGUGAAUCGCAAGAUCCGUGCGAUGAAAACUGACGAGUGAAAAACCACGUUCGACGUGCCUUCGACGAUUACGUUGCUCAUCUCAGGAUAAAAGGAAACGCAGUCGAAGUGCUUCGCGAGUGCGUUUGACUUGGAGAGAGUUCUGUCGCGAGUAACCGUAUGAUUUCUACCCCGUCUUUCCGCGGCAAGCGAGAAAGUACCCGACGCUUUGCCGCCGGUCGGAGUUUACUGACCUCAGCAGUACGGAGUUGGCGACUGCCCUUCGCGACGACGAAGGGAGGCGACUAGACGGCCCUUUGUGCCGACUUCAAGAGUGUCUCGCAACACUGCAAACAGGGCGGAAUUACCUUUCUCGGAGCUGCAUAUGGCUGCCGCAUGCGGCUUUUUAGAUUUCCCUCUAUCGUCUGCGAAGACUCAUCAUCAGCUACAUCAUCUUCGUACCGCACGUCUUCGUGCUGCGUCAUCAACUUUGCGAAGCGAUUUCACGUGUGAGGAUCGACGAGUGAAAUAUCGCCGAGUGAAGUGUCGUGCGAUUUUCCUCCGCAAUCUGUGCCCUUAGUGUUAUCAGCAAAGUAGUUUGUGUGACAACGAGGGAGAGGGUUGCAACGACUUGCAACUCUGUCACGCCGUUCGCGAAAAAGUGUUUCGCGCGAGCGGAAUCAAGUGCAAGGAAAAUCGUCCGCGGCAGAGAUGCGCUCGUAGCGAAUCGACGACUUCGUCACUGCAGUCGGAGCCGGAUUUCUAAGAUUAAUCGGUGAUCUUUUAAUUUUUCAGCACGCUGAGGUGGAGGAUGGAGGAGCUGGAGACGCUGGAGAGCACGGAGUGCCCGGAGUGCCCCGGGCCACCCCCUGAGUUCCGGUUGCCGCCGCCCCCUCGACCGCCCUUCCUCACCGAGGGCACCUUCUGCUCGGAGUCACCCCUCGCCGAGCUCGAAGACUGCGUUGCUAUCCCGAUGAUCGACGCCUCCUAUCAUACAAACCCGUCGUUGCAAAGCACUGCCCUAAUCAUCACCUGCGCGGUGGUCCUUCUACUAAUGGCCGCGAUUGUAUCCGUCGUUUUUUGGAAGCACAAGCGGAAAGUGCAAAACCUGCUGCCGUGUAAGAGCGCAGCGGGCGAUCAUGCGGUGUCGCAUUCGCAGCUGCACAAUCACCUGCCGACGAGUCACGGCCAGGCGCCGACGAUCGAGAUGCUGGACGUUAAGGAUGGCGGAAGAGGGGUGUUCGUCUGCAGUAGCCCCGGUCCUGAUCCUUACACAUCGCAGGACCUUUAUAAUCCUGUCUACGAGGAGCUCAGCAACGGGGACCAUCCGGAGACGGACGAGGAGAGCGAGUUGAAUGCUCGCAAUCGUCUACAUCAUCAUCACCAUCAUCACCGUCACCAUCACCGUACGUCCAGCGCGUCCAAACCAGCGAGCGAGGAUGAAUUCGCCGAGGACGAGCUGUCGGUGGGUGAGCCAUCGGAAGCAAGGAUGCUCACUUCGAGCGGCCCCACCUGGGGUACGUGCCCGGCUGGUGGUAGACCACCGCGCGAACGACGCGGCCGCAGCCCCAGGAGUCUCGAUCGACGCAGACGAGACAAGAAUCACGACAUGGGCGAAUUCCACGAGGGCAUGCUGCUGGACGCGUUGCUUCAACUCUAUCCUAGCGUCGCAGGCGUGGCCGGUACGCGAACGGGCAACGGCAGUACCCAGCGUCAGCAGUCCGUCCCGUCGGUGGCGCACAGGUUACCGUACUUCGUGCCACCCUUGCCGGCUGCACAGGCUCCACGGCUCGAGGAGAACCCUUACGAGAGCGUGCCGGUGCUGGGCCCCCUGCAUCGUUACUCUAGCCAGAACAGGAGCAACAAGGAGCGUUCGCGCAACGGCAAAUCCGGCAACGACAAGUACAAGUACCUGUCAUCGCAGCAACAAUACAGCGGCGACUAUUAUGGUCUGCAGGGCCAGUCCGAUGUCACGACGCCGCUCUACACCCAGGUGGGCGGCGAGUACUCAGACACGUACUCGCAGCCAACCGAUCGGCUGUUCGGUGACGAUAAGUACAGCCAGCCAGUGUAUUACACGAACUCAACCCGAGACUCGGCGUGCGAUCAAGUAACCAAUGCCGGUCGAUUGUAUCAGGGCCAACCUGACAGCAGUUUCGGUAGCGACAGCGGUUACAGUCAUCACACGUCUGGUACCACUGGUACCACUGGUACCAGCGGCACUCGCGGCAGCAAUUCCCGGACGAAUCAUCGCAGGGAUAAGCAACGAAAUUCCCAUCACUCGCAUCAUUCUGCGGAUUACAUUGUGUCCUAAUGGAGGACCGAUCGCGACGUCUCUGAGAGCUCUCUUAAAAAUAUGCUCUCGCUAACAAGAGAAAAAGAGAGACAGAGAGACAGGAUGAGACCUCGUUUCCGUCAUAUUAUUGUCGCGAUAGAAUGAUGAUAUCUAUCAUGCACGUUCGUUAAUGGAGAAAACGGCUGAUGCCGAUUCGGCUGUGCUGAACUGCUGUAUUUUGAUACUUCGACGUCCACAGUUAAGAGUCAAUAAAGGUAUUCUUAUCGCUUCGGCGUAUCAAGUUGCGACGAUCAUGUUGAGCGAUUUGAUCGUCGAAGCGAUGAGGAAACUCGCGAGCAAGUGACAAUUCGGACUUGACGAGAGAAACAUAGUGAUCUGUUAGUGAUUUAUACAUGUAGCUGACACGCAAGACUAUCUAACAAAUUUAUUUGUAAUCCAAUGAGACUCAGGCUGGUACCAAAGGACGCUAACGAUUACUUUUACCUUUUUAGUCUACAAUCCUUUGUAAUUUAUAUACGUAGAGAAAGAGCGUUAACCGCGGAACGAGCGGACUUUGUUCUCGUCGUGAUAUCGUCGCCUGUAAAUCGUGCGACUACCAAUCGCGAGAAUACGCAGAAACAGUGUUAAAAUUAUCUAGGCGAUUCCAUCGUUCUUUCAAGCAAUUCACAGUUUUGUAGACUGACAAACGUGUGAAAUGUUCAAAGUCGAAACCCGCAAAGUCGAAACAAAAAUUUGCAAAUCUGCCUAUUAUAAGAUGAAAUUUGAUUUGUUUUAAAACUGACAUCGAGAAUCGUUAAAUCCGAAAUCUAAGACAUCAAGAAUGCGAUAUUUUUAGACCAAAUAACGAGGUUAUUUAAAAUGAAUGGCGCAAAUUACGAAAUAAGCGGGUAUCGAUUACGGAAUUAUGGCGUUUUUUCCCUUCAGAUUAACCGCCAAUCCACUGCCAAUCCUAUCCUAAAUGGUCGGACAUGUGCAGCCGACCAGCAAGUUUCGUACAAACUUUGAUAUGACAUGUAAUUUUUGUCUCGCCCUCGGAAAAAAACGGAUCCGAUCAUAUGGUAAGGAACGUUAGAUAGUAUCACGCGGUUGUCUAGUCCGAUAAUAAUCACUUUUCAUACCAACGACGCUUUAAAGAGUCUUGUCAAUGUGGCACUCAUGCACGCUGAUGAUAAUCUUGUAACAAUAAAUGCACAGUAAACGCUGAAUUCUCAAAUUAUUUGUAAACAGAAAAACAGAACGAUAUAUGCUGAAAUUUAAUCGCCAGUUAAAUUAUGACAAAAGCAUUAUGCUGUUCUUUAUCAUUCUCAAAAAAUUAUGAAAUUAUUUUAAAAAGAUAUAAUAGA